ACAUUAAUAGUAGUAACUCCAUCAAAAAAGUAAACAACAAAAAAAAAACAAUUUUUUAUUUAUUAUCAUGUGAAAUAAAAAAGCCAUUUUUAUUAGACUCAAACUUAAAUCCCAAUGAAAGCUGGAUUUGAUGCCUACCCAAAAGCCCAUUCACUCUCUCCUCUUUCAGAGGGAAAAAAACAAAGUAAAAGGAAAGAACCCAAAAAAGAAACAAAAGGAAAAAUUGGCAGAGAGUGAAAGGUGAGUGGGAGAGAAAGAAAGAAAGAAAGAGAGUCUCUUUCUUUUUGGAGUAUUGGGUCAGGUUCUUUUGCCAAUGCCAAAGUUAUUAUUAUUCACGCUCUCUGAAAAUGCACUAGUAUUAUUAAGCAUGAAACCAUUCUUCUUCUUCUUCUUCAAAUACCUCUCAUCCUUCUCCACUACUCAAACAACACCAAGAUUCUCUCUUUUUUCGCUAUGACAGGUUUGAUUGAUCUAAACACUACUGAGGACGAUGAAACGCCGUCGUCUGGUUCAUCCUCAAACACCAGCAUAGGUAGUACUUUUCUUGGUUCUGGUUCUGGUUCUUCUGUGUGUUUGGAGCUAUGGCAUGCUUGUGCGGGUCCUAUGAUCUCUUUGCCGAAGAAAGGAAGUGUUGUUGUGUAUUUUCCUCAGGGACACUUGGAACAUCUUCACGAUUUUCCGUUAUCUUUCUCUGAUAAUAUACCUUCUCAUGUGUUCUGUCGUGUUGUUGAUGUCAAGCUUCAUGCUGAGGAAGGGAGUGAUGAGGUGUAUUGUCAGGUGUUGUUGGUUCCUGAAAGUGAGCAAAUGCAGCAGAAGUUAAGGGAGGGUGAAGAUGAUGCUGAUGGUGAAGGCGAGGAUGCCGAAGCUGUUAUGAAGUCAACAACACCACACAUGUUCUGCAAGACUCUCACUGCUUCUGAUACUAGCACUCAUGGAGGAUUCUCCGUGCCUCGUCGAGCAGCUGAAGAUUGCUUUCCUCCCCUGGAUUACACUCAAACAAGACCUUCACAAGAGCUUGUGGCAAAGGAUUUGCACGGUCAGGAAUGGAGGUUUCGUCAUAUUUACAGAGGGCAGCCACGAAGGCACUUGCUUACAACUGGAUGGAGUGCAUUUGUGAACAAAAAGAAGCUUGUAUCUGGAGAUGCUGUUCUGUUCCUAAGGGGUGAGGAUGGAGAAUUGAGAUUGGGAAUCCGUAGGGCAGCGCAAUUGAAAAGCUGCAGCAAUUUUUCAUCUCUCUCGGGCCAACAAUUUAAUCUCGGCAGUCUUACAGAUGUAGUUAAUGCUUUAUCUACUAGAUGUGCAUUUAGCAUUCACUAUAAUCCAAGGGUUGGUUCAUCCGAGUUCAUCGUACCUAUCCAAAAAUUCUUAAAGAGCCUUGAUUAUUCUUACUCAGUUGGAAUGAGGUUCAGGAUGCGUUUUGAAUCUGAAGAUGCUGCAGAACGAAGAUUCGCAGGAUUAAUAAUUGGAAUUACUGAUGUGGAUCCCGCUAGAUGGCCUGGAUCAAAAUGGAAAUGCCUAGUGGUAAGGUGGGAUGACAUGGAAGUUUCAAGGCAUAAUAGGGUUUCGCCAUGGGAGAUUGAGCCCUCUGGCUCAGCUUCCACCACCAAUAGCUUGAUGGCAGCUAGUUUGAAGAGGACCAAGAUUGGAUUGCCUUCAUCAAAGCUAGAAUUUCCAGUUCCCAAUGGAAUUGGUGCAUCAGACUUUGGGGAAUCACUGAGGUUCCAGAAGGUCUUGCAAGGUCAAGAAAUUUUAGGCGUUGAUACUACUUUCGAUAGUAUUAGUGCUCAGCGUCACCACUUAUCUGAAUUACGAAGGUGCUAUCCCGGUUCAAACUGUCACGGGAUAGCUACAACAGGAAAUAGCAUCAGAAUGCAACAAAUGAAUUCUGAUGUUUCCUGCAAUGGCUUUGGUGAAUCUUUCCGAUUCCCGAAGGUCUUGCAAGGUCAAGAAAUACUUCCUAGUCAACCAUAUGGAAGAGCCUUUUCUGUCGAUGAGGCUUGUAGAAAUGGUCGCUUUGGACUUUUUGAUGGUCACCAUAUGCUGAGAUCCACAAAUGAAUGGUCUUACUCUUCCCAGAUGAAUAACAAAGCACAUUUGCAUCCAUCUGGACAAGUUUCAUCUCCUCCAUCGGUGUUAAUGUACCAACACACAGUCAAUCCAGUUUCAAACUUCAGUUACAAUAACAAUAUUGAUCAGGUGAUGGAGGAUAGAGUUCAUCAAAGAGGUUCAUUUUAUACUUCUGAGGUGAAAGGUGGUACAUUUGCAUCAACUCCAUCUUACGAGCCUAGUUUCCGUGGGCCUCAGAACAACACAAAUUCAUUUAGUACACAACAUUCACACGAUUCAAUUUCACUACAGAGGGGCAGUCAAGAGUUGGUUUCCACAUGUAAAAGUAGCUGCAGAGUCUUUGGUUUUUCAUUAACCGAGGGUGCUCCCCUUGCAAGUAAAGAGACCGAACCAUCUGCAGUCACUUGUCAGAUAAAUCCCGGACCCUCCUCCUUCACAAGACAUGUUGAAGAUGAUUUCAAUCCGAGGCAUUUGCUUAGGAGCAAUGCGGUUGAAAGUUACUGUACUAAAGUAAGCAAUCUUCAUCCUGUUAGAGACAUGGUAAUCGAUAGAGUAUUAUUCUAGUGCACUUCUCAAAGGCUACAUUGACUAGUUAUUUCAUUUGUGGGGAUUAAGAUUUAAGUAAUACUGUUAAUAUUGUAUGCAGGGUGUGCUGCAGUAUUGACUUGAAAAUCAUGAUGUAUGCUAACACUGAAAGCUGGCUUUGAGACAGAAGAAAAGAAUGUCUGUUGUUGUAUUUGUGUUCUUUGUUGUAAUAACUUAGGAUUAUUAAGAACAAAAAAUUAUUGUAACUAAUUGCUGAAUUUAUUAAUUUAUCUUAAAUUGGCUAUGUGCUAUGCUACAUUGAAGUUAUUGUAUUAAUGACCUAUAUGAGCAAAGCCUUUGUUUGGAACCA